CUCAAGCACUUUGUCGAGGAUUGAACGAGAUUUUCAUGAGAGGAUUCUGUGUCAAGUUACAUGUGUGUAUUGCUGAUAAACCGUCUCUGUGAAAAAUUGAGUCGCCGAUCAGAACAUUCGUUCUUCUCUUUUCUUAAAUUCAAUAGCGUGUCAAUCGUGUGUAUGGGCACGAGUUCCUCCCAAGAAAUGCCUCCACCAGUGGUAGUUCCGCCAGCUUCUGCUCCGCAUAAAGGAACACUAAUAUUUCUACAUGGCCUAGGUGAUACAGGAAGAAGCUGGGCAGAUCAUUUCAAGACGCUGAAUCUUCCCAACAUCAAAUGUAUAUGCCCAACAGCAGCUAUAGCACCUGUAUCUUUAAAUGGAGGUUUCCCAAUGCCAUCUUGGUUUGAUAUAUAUGGUCUCUCAGCUGAAAGUGCAGAAGAUGAGGAGGGCAUUAAGAAAGCCAGUAAUAUCAUUAAGUCUCUAAUUGAAGAGGAGGAGAAGGCAGGCAUCCCGUCCAGUCAGAUUGUGAUCGGGGGCUUUUCUCAAGGAGGGGCAGUAGCUCUCUACACCGCGUUUAACCUCGGCAAGCCAAUAGGUGGUGUCCUGGCUCUCAGCACGUGGAUGCCACUGCAUAAAAAAUUCCUAAAGCUGACUGAAAAACCUGAGAGGCCAUCACCAUUCCCAAUUCUGCAAUGUCAUGGUACUCAGGACCCCCUGGUAAACUUACAGUGGGGUGAGGCCACACGGGAUCUCAUCAAAAAGGUCAACCCGGAACUUGAAUUCAAAACAUACACUAUGGGACACAGCUCCUGCUCUGAGGAAAUGAUAGAUGUACAACAAUUCUUGAAAACAACUUUACUGCAGCAAGGAGCAAGUAAAUAGCAAGGGAGACAACUCUUGUGAAAACUACCACUAGAUUCCAUGUAAAUAACCUACUCUCCUCAGUGUAUCAUUACAGAAAAGCCAGACAUAUGCUGAGAAAGGAACAGUAUCUUCUCUGUUGUCAGUUGUCAGGUUUCAUGGGUUGUGAAUCAAAACUGACCAUGAACUCAAGUGUUUGAAAACUGAUGUGUUAUUUAGGUACGAUCAAAUUUUAGUAUUUUGUGUGUGUGUUUUCUAGUGACGAAAGGGUCAAAUCGGUUAUAACAUCCAUACCCAUGUCACGUAGGAUAUUCACUAGCUGAGCAUGUGAAAACAUGCUGUAGCACUGUGUGGGAGGUUAUAACACAGUCACUCUAUGCUGAUAUGCAAGACUAGAUAACAGAUAACUUCAACCAUUGUUUACAUGUUUGUUCAGCUACGCAAUAUGUUAUCAACACAGAGGACAGUAUAUAUUCCUAGUAAGGUUUUCUUUCCUGUAUGAGUAUGCUUAAAAAAUUACACUAUUCAUUCUUAAAAAUGAUCAUGCCUUAAACAGUUUCCUUUGUAUGACAUAAGUGGUGGAUGAAUCAUGUAAGGGCUCAUAAGAACUCUGAAUUUCUAAAAGCAAACUACUGACAAUGGUAAAUCAAAGAGUCAGUGACAUGCUGUGGUGUUAAAUGGGUUAACCAGUGUUAUCUCUCCUGCAACCCUGGAGUGUCUGUGGUUCCUACUGCUGGAAAUAUUUCCUCAUCCCACUGCUACUUGUUUUAAUAUUUGGAUUCUAGUUAAGGUUUUUGUUUUGUACGUAGUGUUUGAUUGUGCAGGUUGACGUCAACAUCUGAGAUCAGCAUUUACACUGUAAUUAGGAGAUGUAUGUACAGAUUGUCUGUAAAGUUUGAAUUAUGUACAUUGUUUGAUUUCUCAGCCCAUGCAGAUUGUGUAUAAGUUAUAUGGUUUAUGCAAGUUUUAAUGGUGUAAUAGUUAAAUGCAAAAAAUCAUUUUCAUCUGUUUGAUGUUAGAAGUAUUGUGUGUCUCUUUGAGAAUAGCUAGAAUAGAUAUAAAAAGUAUUAUGUCACAAUUGACACAGUUGCCGUGAACCAUUGUAGAAGCCUUUCUAACAUUGAAACUUGUUUUUACAUCUUGUGUUAAAUAAGAUUUUCUUUAUUUGAUGAAAUCUGUUUCUAAGGUUUCCAAUGUUUAUAAGUUUCCAUAUGCUGUUCAUCAGAUUGAUGUGAAGGUAUUUCAUUAUGGCAGCAAUUCCAGCUGGAUUAUUAAUCUUACUUUUCAAAAUAAGCUUGAUAAGAAUGUUUUAAAUAAACCAAAGUAGCCAUGUUAGUUAUUUUUUUCAUCAUACUUAUACACAAAUACAUGCAUAUCCUACUGUUGUUCAGCUGUAUUAAUGCCAUUUUCUACUGAAACUUUGACAAAGGCUUUGAAUCCUUUCAUCAUGGUUGAAAUUAACAUAAGAUUGGGCAUAAGUUUGUACAGGCCCGAUUGACUGGUGUAUACACAUUGUGUAUAGACCCAAUUCACUGGUGUGUGUAUACACAUUGUGUAUAGACCCAAUUCACUGGUGUGUGUAUACACAUUGUGUAUAGACCCAAUUCACUGGUGUGUGUAUACACAUUGUGUAUGUCUUGCCCCCAGUGGGUAUUUACUCUAGUGCUGCAGUACUAGUGCUUGGUCCAAGGGCGCCUGUGGCUUUAGUUGUCGUCGUCAGUCAAGCCAAGAUAACUGCUAUGUCACUAGACCCUCAAACUGAUUAGCAAACAUGUCCCUUGAAAAUCUUAAAGUAUAUUUCUCUGUUGAUUUUGUGAUAAUGCUAACUGUGUCAUUUUACAAUGUGGCCAUAGGCUAUCAAACUUGAAUUCUUGUCAUUUUAACUGUUAGAUGUGGAUGUCUUAUAUACACGUCUUUUCUAGCUCUCUGCACAAUUUGUGCACCAUCAUUAGUGUCAUAGUAAUAUUGAACUUUUCAAAAGACCUGACUGUGUUACACCCGUGUAUUCAGAAAAGAUCAUUAAAUAAUUGCUAUGCUCGUAGCAGAUGUGCAAUAAAUGUGCUUAUUUACAGAUUGCUACAAUGUUGUUAGCUCUAGUGUAUAUAUGGAUACAUAUGGGAGGGAUGGAAGGUGUGAGGGAGGCAGUACACUGUCAGGCACUGGAGCGCCAUGUGACAGAACAUACCUGAACGGAUCUUCAUCCUCAUUGUUCUUAGAAGAGCUUCUUGCAUACUGGAUGAGCUUCAACUGUUUUGUGCAUAUUGAACGUGACCGUCCUUAGUAGCGUUAAUGACGCAGAUGUAUGAGACAUGAUAUGUUCUCCAUUAGAAAACGGGAUUGGAGUCAUGUCCUGACACCCCCACCGAAAAGGUGUAAAUUCUACAAAUUUUGACACAUGCCAUCGCAUCUGAAAUGUUCAAAUAAUUUCUUCAGUAGUAUCUAAAAUAGUUUUAUGAAGAGUGCUAGCCUCUUUGUCUUGUGUGAGGUUUUUCUGUGUGAUCUCCCGACGGGAACAUUUGAUAAUGUUUAUUGAUGUGUAGAGACACAGACACCACAGCUCACUGCUGUGCGGAGCCUGUAUAUUCAAGUGGUAUUGUUUAUCAUUCCAUUUCCCGACGGAUGGCACAAAAGCUGCAUGACGUCGUCACCUUAUUACCUACCCCCUUGUACCCAGACACUGUCAAUGAAACUGGUUGAGAAACCUUUUACAAAAAUCAGUCCCUUUUCUUCCUCCUGUAUUGUUGAUAUUGUUAAGAAAUAAAAGUUGAAAUCAGCA